AUGGUCUUAACCAUACUUUACAAGAUAUACAAGAGUGCAGCUGGUCUCCUUGAAGGAGAUGAAGGCGAGAUCAUGGAAGAAGAGCCAACCUGCAUCCACAGAAACCUACACUUCACCGGCGUCCCAGAUAACGAGAUGGCGCUACAGAUCCAGAAAGGCACAGGACCGACACCUCUACCUUAUCAUGGAAUGCAAGCGACGCUGGCAGCGACCAACUUCUCGCCAAAAUCAGUACCGUCGCUAUACCCUCAGCUUGCCAAGUCACAGAAGAAUUUGCAUCGCAAAGACAGCUUCGUUCCGAAACCUCCCAAAGUGCAGGAGACCACUAGCGAUAAUGGCGACGACCAAAGACAGCGCCAGGCUUAUCGCAAGAGCAGCAUCAAAAACUUUGGCAGUCUCUUCGCGCGCAACCGCAGCAGUAUCGCUAGUACUAGCCCAUUGACGCAGGUCAUGAGCUCCGAGUCCGAGGGCAGAGACACAAGCGUUGAGACCGAGCGCGCAAGUCAGCAGACCACACUCGUCAGCUCGGACAUUCCGUCCCCUAGUAAUAUCAUGACUGUUACCGAGAGAGAAAAGAUCCGCGAACGUCACCGAAAGUUUGUCAAGCUCCAAGGCCUCGGACACGACCACCCCACCGUCUUCACCGCCGACCCAGGUGACUACUCUCAAUAUGACUACGACGAUAGCGUCGAUAAUCGGCGGUUCAGAGACGAGUGUGGAGAAUGCGAAGGCACACACGUCGCCCACGACCUUGCGAGUCCUACACCAAGCAGCCGCCACCGUCGCAACGAGUCCCUGCACGUCAACCUCAGUCCAGAAGAAGUGAAGAAGUACGCCGACGAAGUCCGCAACAUGACCAUCGCAGACGUCCACCUCUCUCUCUUCGGCUACUGGAUCAAAGAGAGCGACAAGCACUUUCAAGAGGCUAAGAAAUAUCUGAGAGAGUUGGGUCUUGAUCGCGUGAGUCUCAAACACCUGUUAUGCAUCUGA